UGGACCUUACGCACGUGCCUGAUUCUUCGGUGGGAUCGAUGAUUUUCUCUUGCACAUUUGCCUCUCUGUUUCUGGAUCAUUCGCAAGUUCUCGAAAAAAUGAGUUUUGAACGUGUUAAAUGGAUUUUGCGACUGAAAUCGAAUCUCGAGUUCGAGUUCCUCCGUCGUACCUGGGUCAUGCUUCUGUAGAGGAACGUGCUUGGUUUAUGUUGUUGAUGGUCGCACGACAGGGGAUGAGAUUUCAAGUCAUGAUUGGACUCUUGAUGCUCCUCAUCCGAUUUUUUCUGCAUCCACCUUUUGAUUGUUUGACGUUUAAUUCUUGUGUCUUAGAUCAAAAUGCCUGGAUUAGCCACUGAAGUUGGAGAUGUGCAUAGCAUCACGGAUGAAUUAUCCAGUGGGAAUAAUUCAUCUUAUAAGGAAAGCUACACCCAGUUAAGGUCUCCAAGAAGUCCACUAAGUCCGCACAGUCCUCGAAGUGAUUCCAUUGAUCUUUAUAUCAAUCGUGUGGUAGACACCUCCAUCGAGCAGUUAUAUAACAACGUGUUUGAGAUGCAGAGCUCUGAUCAAUCUCCCUCCAGGUCUAGUAUUCUCUCAUAUGGCGAGGAAUCUAGACUUGAUUCAGAGUUGGGCCAUCUUGUCGGAGACUUCGGUGUAAUGGAGAUGAUGAAGGAUGCGGUGCCAGAGAGAAGACUAGAGGAUAAAGAUUGUGAUCACUGUCCAAUAGAAGGCAUUGAUCUGACCGAUGGGAAGAUCGAAAUGGGAAGUAGAUAUAAAACUGCAGUUAAAGAGGAGCAAUCAUCAGAAGCAAGUUCUAGGCGCAAAGUGCCCUAUGAGAGACCUCCUGCUGGAAAAAAGAAUGAGAAGCAUGCAAAAAGAACAAAUGGUUCUUUUCUUCGGAGAAAACAGAGAUAUCCUGGUUUACUUGGGGAAAAGUAUUGCAAUGUAGAAAAUAUUCUUGAUCUGGGACUUGACGAUGCAGACAUUGGACCCUAUUUACUCAAAAGAAUAAGAGACAUGAUUGCUACUGGGGCUAAUCCCCAGAAAGCUCUUGAAUUGGCUCUUCGAGCUGUGAGCUCGUAUGAGCAACGAGUUAAUGACAAACCUAGUUUAGGGUUGGUUAUGUGUUUGCAUGUUUUGGCUGCAAUAUACUGUGACUUAGGUCAGUAUAGUGAAGCGAUUCCAGUUCUUGAGCGCUCAAUUGGAAUUCCAGCUUUAGAGGAUGGUGAAAACCAUGCGCUUGCUAAAUUUGCUGGGUGCAUGCAGCUAGGUGAUACAUAUGCAAUGUUCGGUCAGAUGGAGAACUCGUUACUGUUAUAUACGGCUGGUUUGGAGAUCCAAAAGCAAGUUUUGGGAGAGACGGACCCUAGAGUUGGUGAGACAUGCCGUUAUAUGGCUGAGGCUUACAUCCAGGCAUUGCAAUUUAACGAGGCUGAGAAGCUUUGCCAAAUGGCUUUGGACAUCCACAAGGGAAAUGGUUCUAAUGAUGUCCUUGCAGAAGCGGCUGAUAGGAGACUAAUGGGACUUAUCUGCAACUCAAAAGGUGAAUAUGAGUCUGCACUUGAGCAUUAUGUUCUAGCAAGCAUGGCCAUGGCAUCGAAUGGACAAGAAAUGGAUGUGGCUUCAAUAGACUACAGUAUUGGAGACACAUACCUAUCGCUCGCUAAGUAUGAUGAGGCCGUUCUUGCAUACCAGAAAGCACUUAAAGUCUUCAGGUCGACCAAAGGCAAGAAUCAUCCGAAAGUUGCUUCAAUUUAUGUGCGCUUGGCGAACUUGUACCACAAGAUUGGGAAGUUCAAGGAAUCCAAAUCCUACUGUGAGAGUGCACUUCAUAUUUACAGAAGGCCUAACCCAAUGAUCCCAUCUGAAGAGAUUGCCGGUGGCUUCAUCGACCUUUCUGCCAUCUAUGAGUCUAUGAAUGAGUUGGAGCUGGCACUCGCAUUGCUUAAGAAGGCUUUGAAGAUACAUGCUGAUGCCCCGGGCCAGCAAAACAUGGUUGCAGGAGUCGAGGCACAGGUUGGGGUUAUCUAUUAUAUGAUGGGGAAAUAUUCUGAUUCUUACACCUCCUUAAAUUCUGCUGUUUCAAAAUUCCGGGCUAGCGUGGAGAAAAAGUCUCCCUUGUUUGGAAUUGCUCUAAACCAAAUGGGUCUAGCCUGCGUGCAAUGUCAUGCAAUAGACGAGGCUGCAGAACUCUUUGAAGAAGCAAGAAGUAUUUUGGAAAAGGAAUAUGGACCGUAUCACCCUGACACUCUAGGUGUCUGCAGCAAUUUGGCUGGCACGUAUGAUGCAUUGGGGAGCAAUCUGCACAGGUUGGAUGAUGCAAUUGAAAUUUUGGAGAGCGUUGUCACCAUUAGACAGGAGAAACUUGGGACAGCAAACUCUGACGUGGACGCCGAGAAGCAAAGGUUGGCCGAGUUGUUGAAAGAAGCUGGGAGGGAUUGGAGCAGGAAGUCCAGGCCUCUGGGGACACUACUUGAUACUAACUCUCGUAUCUAAGAAGACGGUGGCAUCAAGGGCAAACAGGUACUUAUAACGGCUAUUCCACUGCCUGUAAAAAUUGACCUGUUUUCACCUCUGGGUGACAGAACCAGAGAUUCGCCACCUUUCUAGCUAAUUAUAAGUGUUUAUGGGCUUCAUAUUCUAAAGUUUUUUAACUACUUUUGUCUUGUUACUCCUUUCCCUUUUCAUGUAUAUGCCUCUCUUAACAAUAAAUUUGUAUGGGAAAAAAGAGAAGAAUAUGACCUUUACAGAUUGUUUCAAAUUCUCUUGCUACAGCUUCAUGAUAUACUUAGGUUAUUGCAAAUUU